GGAAAAUAUGGUUCAGAAGCCUUUGAAGAUGAGGCUUCUUCCUCAUUAGACACAGUUUGAUUUUCAGGAGGAGAGAGGGCAAUAUAAUCAUCAGAUAGAGGAAUUUGUCUAGUAGCAUAGCUGUCAUUAAGAGCAGUAUAAUCGAAUUUAAUUUCAGCUUUUGCUCUAUUUUUCCUUUUGUCCUCUUCUUCCUCACUAGUCUCAGAAGCACCAGUAAAUUUCAUCAGUUUAGUUAACCUUAACUUCAUGUACCUAAUUUCAUAUAAUUGGGCACAAUCAACCUUCUUCAAGUUCUCAGGGUUUUGAAAGCCUAGUCCUUCUCUAGGGUUGUAAAACUCAGUGUCCUUUGGUUUGUUGUUUAGAAGAAAAACAAUUUGUUCUGAUUGGCCUCUCUUGACAAGAAUAUCCUCUAACUCCUAAAUUUUAGAGUAAAGGCGACCACGUUCCUUGUUAAUUAUUUUAGAAUGAGUAACAGCUUCAGAACGUUGUCGUUUGUUUGCAUCUAGUUCCUUAGUUAAGUCACAGACACUUUGUUUAAGUUUACUAACUUCAUAUUCUAAACUUGUGACCUUAUCACGUGAGUCUUUCAAUUGCAUAGUUUAAACUGCUCCUUUAUACAUUAGUUCCUCCAGAUCUUUUUUAUUAUUAGCAUGUCUGUCUUCAAGUUCCUUAAUUUUAUUGGAAUAAGAAGUACUUACCUGGAACUUGUCAGAUACUACCACUGAUCCGUUGCUUGAGAGCAUUGAUGAAUUGGAGUGAGAACUCAUUGAUGUUUGUCGGAGAGGGAUCCUUCAGAGAAUAGCUUUGACCAGCUUUGAGCUUUGUGAGGAAAAAAUAGUCUUUAACUUUGAGAUUUAAUUAAUAAUUUUUUUAAAAUCUCAAGGUUGACUUUUGGAAGCUUUGACUGUAGUUUUGAACUUUGGUGUUGAAGAUUUGAGCUCAAAAAUCGAAAUGGGCUCAAAAUUAGCUCUUGAAGUGGGAGUUUUAAAAAAAUGUACUUCUCCAAGUGUAAGAAAAAGUAAGCUUGAUGAUUUAUCCCACACCUAAACUCCUUGGAAACUUUUGAGCCUAUAUAUAUGGAACACUCCUUCCUUAUUAUCAAAGUGAGAAUGAGAAAGAGGAGCUCUCGUGCACAUGGGAUUUCGGCUUCUAGUUCAAAAGUUGAAAAUUCGUACCACCCUGCGCGGGCGACCUGCGGACAGGAAUGCCGAAAAAUUUAGCUGGCCUCAAAGGACAAUUUUGUCCCUCUUUUUUUGGUAAUUGACUGUUGGAAGAUCGUAAGGCGAGAACUGUUCUGGCAAAGUAAGAUUUCGGUGCUUCCGAAAUUGAUGGUGAAGAUUUCGGGUGCCUACUUCCGAAAUUGAUUUCAAAUGUUCUUUUCAGUGAAGAUUUCAGAUAUGCUUUCCAGGUCUGUCGGAUGCUACUUCCAAAUUAAGGAUUUCGGGUGCACGAAUAAUAACCAAUGUUCACCUGAAGGAUUUCGGGUGUGUGCAAAAAUAGCAACCUGUUCAACUAGGAUUCUUCUUCCGUAUCUUUCCUUGUAGCAGCAGCCUUCCAAAACAGUAAGUUUCCAAGAACAUAUCUAGAAAUUAAUUUAACCAAAAAUUGUGAUUUUGAUCAAAUUAAUUCGAGAAAAAAUCAAGGAAUCGCAAGAACAAAAUUGCGCCGAGGCUCUGAUACCAAUUGUGUGAACGUAGCCUAGAUACAACAUUCGAAUAAUCUAAGAAUAAUAGAAAGAAUUUAAACAGUAGAAGAGAAAUUCAACAUCAACUUAUACCGUGUAUUAAAAAUGAUGAAUCCAUGAAGAACAAUACACAGUACUCGAACAAGCUAGAGAGGGAAUUUCUAAUCUACGUGCUCUACCAGAAUACUAUGUGGAAUAGAAUGUGUAGAGACUUUCUCUUUCUAACGUGGGAGUUCCAGAAUGCGUGAGGCAAUUUCAGAACAGGGAACUCUUAGGCUGUUCGGUCCAUUCCCCUUGUAUUUAUAGAGGGAUGGCCGAUCAUCCUAGUGAAAGUAGGAUGGGUCUGAUUAAUCUCAUUAAAUGGCCCCUAAUUAAUUACAUAGGCCCACUAAUUAAAUCCUAAUUAAACAAAGAUAAAUCUAAUUAAAUUGAACACAAUAAAAUUUAUUCUAACAGAUAAAUCCAUGGAGAACCGGGUGUGUGGCGAAAAUUUUUAGAGAGAAAAAAAAUAGGCCAGGCUCGUGAUACCAUGUGAAAUAAUGGGAAAGGAUGCUCCAAUAGGAGCCCUGACAGGUAUAUUUAUAGCAGAAAAGGAUUCCUAAUUAACAUAAACUAUUACUGAGUUUUUUCCGUAUUAAUGCUAAUUAAUUAAAUAAUUACGAAAAGAGGGUUGGGUUAAAAGUAUUUACGGAUAUAUUGAUGGGCUUAACCCUGGUCGGGGUAAGUCGCCAAACUGUUUGGCGACUUAUAAGUCGCCCAACCGGAUGGCGACUUAUAAAUCGCCCAACCGGAUGGCGACUUAUAAGUCGCCAAAUGGUUUGGUGACUUACCCUAAAAUUAAAAUGCCAGAUCAAGCUACGCCGUAAGAACGAAAACCCCCCUUCCCAAACAAUCUGCAGCGCAGCAAGGACGAGCGAGAACGAGUGACGAGCAGCGAAAAGAGGUUCCAACUCCGGUGAAACUCCGGCAUGGAGGUGUCAGCGGAUCCUGGGCCGAGUGAUCGUUCUGUCCUGACAUUGCAAGCCUCGCACAGGAGUGAGGAUGUGUGGCUUGGCCUCGAUGUUCAGGUGGAUAGGUGUCGUGAGCACCUACGUGGUUUGUCGCAUAUGCAGGUGGACGACAGAGUACUUGCAUGUGUUCGUGCUGCGGGUUUUUAUGGUCUGCAUAGAUUGGUGGCUACUAUCCCUCUCGAUAGAGCGCUACUCACUGCUCUUCUUGAGCGUUGGAGGCAGGAGACACACACAUUUCACCUCCCUGUUGGUGAGGUGACAGUGACCUUGGGAGAUGUUGCUAUACUGACUGGGUUACAGGUCGAUGGGAGAGUUGUUACUGGUACUGCUUGUCGACAGUGAGUUGAUGAGUGUGAGCGUUUGUUGGGUGUUCGCCCCCUUCUUCGGGCUGACCUUCAGGGGUCAUCUCUGAGAAUGCCAUGGUUGAGGGAGCAUUUCGUUGUUCUUCAUGCGGACGUUGAUGAGGUGAUGAUCCAGCAGCAUGCACGGACAUAUAUUUUGAUGAUGAUGGGAGCUUCCAUUUUCACUGACAAGAGUGGAAAUGAGAUUCAGGUGCUGCACUUGCUUAUGCUAGAGAGGUUUGAUGUAGCAGCGCAGUUCAGUUGGGGUAGUGCCACGUUGGCUUAUCUCUACAGACAGUUGUGUUGCGGCUGCCAUAGAGGGAGCACAGAGGUUGGAGGAUUUUUGCUUCUUCUCCACAUUUGGUCAUGGGAGUACAUCCACAUUGGGCAUCCCACUAGAGUGGCAUACUAUGGCAUUGAUGGACACCCACUACCUGAUGAGCCUCCACGUCUCCUGGGACCACAUCAUGUACGGGGUGAGGACCCUCUGGGCCGUCGGUAUGUUUUCAAUCAUUUGAAUUUAUGUUCUAGGCUCGGUGUGUACAGGGAUGCGUUUGAUCGGAUGUAUGAGGAUCAGAUUACAUGGAUGCCAUAUACAGCUGAGAUGUUUGCAGAGUUACCCCCCUUUAGACGAGAGCAUUCUCACAUAUGGCGAGCACGUGUGCCGUUGAUAUGUUUUGACAUUGUUGAGCUUCAUUUGCCUGAUCGUGUAUUGCGACAGUUUGGGUAUGAGCAGGUCAUUCCAGCACCUAUCGACACAUAUGUAGACCUUCAUAGGUUGGAUAAGCGUUGGAAGCAUACAGAAGAUUGGGCACUCAGACAUGUCCGAUACGUCACUGUGUCGGAGAGGCGAGCUGAGCUUGUUGUGAUUGGGACACCGACAUUAGUCCCAUCUAUUUCGGGAGACUACAUGGGAUGGUAUUACAGCAUCACUCGUUUGUUUGUGUCUCCUUCGUUCAGACUCCCUACUCACCAUUAUCAGCCUAGUUCCUUGGCUUUGCAUCUGACGACACGAGCUUUGCAGCGUAUACAUCAACGGUCUACUGCCACAGUGAAUGAUACGCAUGACGUGGACAUGUACGGUCAGGCUUUGACGGGCAUCGCCUCGUUGUGUUCAUAUUUGUUGGGGCGAGUUGACUACGGUCAUCUUAGUACAUAUGCCCCCAUCUCAUGAUAUGCCAUCGACAUCUAGUGCAUCGGCAGCUUCAUCAUCCCAGACUCAGCAUGAGAGAGUGGUUCUUCAACCACGCCAAUGACGUAGGCAGCAAUAGCAACAUCUACAUGACCAAGACGAUCAAGAAGAGCACGAGAACUUGUAGUUUGUCUUUUGUAUUGGAGUGUUUCUUGUACACUAGAUGUUGUAGGAAGAAUUGACUUUAUUUUACUUAUUUCCACCUGUAAACUCUUUUAUGAUGUGUUGAUGUGUUCGAUUAUGAAUAUUAGAUGACUACUAUGUUAUGAAUAUUGGAUUUUUGUACUGUGUUUUACUAGUUAUGAAUCUACUAG